AUGACUCCGAAACAAAAUAUCAUGAAAGUCCCACUCAUCAUCUCCUCGUGGCUAGGCAGCAGCAAUGCGACCCCGCGCGUCCCUCAAUUCCUCCUCGACACAGGUCAUCCGUGGCUCACCACCCACGCCCGCGAGCUCUCCAGUCUUCCGGACGCGACAUCGUUUAUCUGCACGCUCUCUUCUGACGAUGCUCACUCUCAAUAUGGCGGCAAAGUUGCCAUUAAAGACGAGAGCGCGAAGUUGCGCGAGCGCCUCGAGGUACCGGCGAAUCUGUUUCACCGGCUCGAAAUCAGAAAUGUCCGCGCCGGCGUGAGCCGCUACGGCUGGAAGAAUGCUCGCGACAGACUCAAUGAGAUAAAAACGUGCCCGAGAGCACUCGCUGAAGCCCGUGAGUUGACGGUUGAUGUAUAUGUCCAUACCGGAAUGGGGUGGCAGACCUUGGGUGAUACCUGGGACACCCUCACCGCAGAAUCGAGGCUUCCCCCAAAGUCCCUGCCGGCUCUCUUUUCCGAGGUCAUGGGUAAGAUGAAGAAUUUGAGCAAGGUCGAAUGGAUGGUUCGGGCUGCCGAGGAGAAUGCGGCCAUCGGCAAGGCCUUUAUCGAAGACGCUAAACGGGAUGGUUUUGUCUGGGGAGAAGCUGCGCACACGAGGAACGUGGCCUGGUUCGCUGCCGCGGGGAGACUCAAAGGCCUGAGGAAGCUUGAUAUGGGAGAAGUCGAGUGGACGGGCACAAUGACUGAUUGCGUACUUCGAGAUACCCCUCACAUUGAAGAGCUCCAUAUAGGUGCGCCAGCCCGGGACUUCAAACAUAGAGACAUCACCCGGGGGAACUUUCUGCGGGUAAACCUCCCUUCAUCUUUCCCCCAUUCUUUAUCCCUCAAAGGUCGAUUCUCCCACGUGCUGCUGACCAAAUGA